CAUGUGGCAGACCUGAAGGCGAUGAACAUCUGGCUGUGAGUGAUGUGUGUAUGAGAGGAAAAACACAGAUAAGAAGAAGGCUGGAAAAAUCCUGCACUUACGUUUUGUAAAUACAUGAUUUGGUGCUGAAGCAUGGACAGUGAAGUUGGAGCAAUGAAAGUCAGCCUUGGCAGUCCCCUGAGCCCGAGGCAGUUGACUGGAUUGGGGAUGAAUGGCUUUCCAUCACAAAGGUACAGAAACUCUGGGCCAGGCCUCACCAGUCCCCAGGAGUACCACCAGUGGCUCCCUUAUCGCCACGAUGCCAGCCUUCUGCCCAUGAAAGAAGACCUGGCCUUCUGGCUCAACACCAUGAUGGGAGUGGACCUCACAGCAGAUAAUCUGAUGGAGAGGUUGGAUAAUGGCGCUCUGCUCUGUGAGCUGGCGCAGCUGCUGCAGGAAAAGAUGAUUCAUACCAACAAUGGCAAGGCCUUUGUAAGAAGAGUGAUCCACUGGAGAGCGGAUGCAACUUCUGGAUCAUUUUUCGCCAGAGACAACACGGCCAAUUUCCUCUACUGGUGUCGAAAGAUUGGGGUUGAUGAGGCUUACCUCUUUGAGUCUGAGGAUUUGGUCCUCCACAAGCAACCUCGGGAGGUGUGCCUGUGUCUGAUGGAGCUGGGAAGGAUUGCAGCCAGGUACGGAUUGGAGCCACCAGGGCUGGUUAAGUUGGAGAGAGAGAUAGAGGAAGCGAGGAGCUUAUCUCCAUCAUCCCCUCUUUCCCUUUUUACUCCUCCAUCAUUGUAUUCACCAUCACAGCCAUCCCUGCCCCCAGCCCCUUCUCCUCCUCCUCCUUCUCCUUCUCCUCCACCUGCUCCCCUCACUCCAAGCACAACCAGUCUGUCUGAACCCCUCGCUGCCUCCCUCGCCUUUGAUCUUCCAUCAGCCACAGCAAACCCAGUACCUGUGUGUUCAUUCCCUCCUCAGUCCUCCCUCUCAGCCCGUAAUCCUUAUACAACCACAGUCUCGACACAGACACCUUUGUUCCCUUCAUCCUGCAUCACUAACACAUCUGUCUCAACUCCGCUGUCAGCACCGUCACCAGGCCAAACCCUGGAAUCCACCACCAAAGUCUGCCUUACCACAAUAAACAACCACACUCCCACAGCUACACCACCUGCUAACUCCCCAUCUGCAGCCCCAACUCCUCGUUCAUCAAACAAAUCAACCAGCCGGAGGAGCUCCUGCACCAGCAUUUUGGAUGAUAUUGUGAGAAACAUUAUUGAAAAUCCACCCUGCAGCUGUCCCGCCAGGUUCCUUGUUGAGAAACAACCUAAGGGCUGUUACCGUGUUGGGGAUAAAGUUCUCUAUAUACGAAUGCUGAAUGAGCGUCACGUGAUGGUACGCGUGGGGGGAGGAUGGGAGACCUUUAUGAGUUACCUGAAGAAACACGACCCCUGCAGAGGAGGAGGAGGGCUGGCAGGCAGAUCUGAGGUCAGGCUCGGUGAGGACAAACCAAAGCCACCCAGCUUGAACAUCUCACCUGACAGUUACAUGGUGGUUGGAGCCCAUUACCGUGGUAAGAAGUAACUGCCUCUGGCUUCAGGCAGCAGCGUGAACUCUCACUUAAUCAGUGCAAACUGUUCAAGGUCAGUGAUUUAACACAGCUGAAAUCUAUUUUACCACAAGUUAAAAUACAAGCCAAUCUUUUCUCUUCAUGCACAGAUAUGACUGUUCUUACCUGAUAUCUGCAUGAAGUAUGCAACUGACUAUAAUUGCAAGCUUACUUGACUACAUGUAUGCCACAGUCCAUCAGAGGGCAAAUAACUGGCAUCGAUUUUAACAACUGCUUUAUCAUUUCAGUCACUUCUGCUGCUUCCUGCUGCUUCAGUGUGAGCUUUAGUAGCCUAAUUCUGGUAAAUGUUAAGAAACU